AUGGAUCAGGGGAUGGGGGGCUUUGCUUUCACUCCGCUUUUUGAUAUAUCCCCAAUCAGCGAGUUGCAGAAUUCGUCUUCAGAUUGCUGGCCUGUUCUUCCCAAGUCUCACAAUUUAGCUAUGAUUGGGAUGGAUACUGCUUUGGGAAACUACACACUCGAGGGAAACCUGGCGGAAGUCUACAAGAUCACACCCGUGCUCACGGUAUUCUUUAGUAAAAGGGACGGCGGCCUGGUUGACGGCACCAGCGCGCAGUUGACAUGUCUCAAUGUUAUCACUGAAGAUUCGAAGGACGCACCAUCUAUGUCCUCGCGCAAUUUGCUCCGCGUGGGAGUGGCACUGCUUGCUGCUCUCUUGUUCAAUACUUUCUUUUAG